AAUGGAAACCUCCAGGAUGCACCUGGCAGUCAGCCUGCUGGCUUCUACCUUCCUGGUGUUACUGCUCAGAGCCAACUGUGAGGACUCAGACUACCUGGAGACCAGAGCCCUGGACUUCUACUCUCCUGUAGAGAACCCCUACCAUGAGAAGGAGCUGAUUGAUGCACUACAAGAAGUGUUGGAAAAACUAAAAAAUAAACGACUCCCCUCAUUUGAGAAAAAAUAUGGCCAGGUACCCAUGUGUGACGCUGGUGAACAGUGCGCUGUCAGGAAAGGGGCAAGGAUUGGCCGACUAUGUGACUGCCCGCGACGGACAUCAUGCAACACGUUUCUGUUAAAAUGUUUAUAGGCAGAAUAAUAAUAUGGACCAAUACACAACGCUGUUUGAUUUCAAUGGGAGAGCAGGAAUGACGAGGGCUCGUGUGUGAUUUGCUUUCUUUUAUUUUUUGUUUAUAGUUUUUUUAUUCUGUAUUCCAGGGAUGGGCAACUGUUGCUGGACUACAUAAUCACUCCCAGCCAUCAAUUGAAGGCUGAGGAUCAAGAAGGUUGCAGUCCAAUAACAGCUGAAUUCAUGCAAACGGUCCACCCAUACAGUCACUUUCAUCCUGCCAGCAAUGGUUGGACUAGAACUACAGGGUUGAAGGAGUUGUAAUCCACCAUCAGCUGAAUUAAAGCAAGUUGUCUGUCC